AUGAGAAGAAGGUCUUUGAAGCCCACAUACAAACGCUCAAAAGGAAAGGCUAAUUGGACGGUUGAAAACUUCGCCGAGAGAGUUUUUAUUUCAUGUCCUCGGGUUUUUAGUUUUUCUCAUCGCGUGCUCACUAGUCUGCGCCAUCCAUACCUCGCUGUUGUAGUGGAUUUAGUAGACUCGGAUUAUUAUAGGAAAAAGAGUAGAGUUGAGGAGUUACUGGGUGCUUUGUUACAAUCACGUGAUGAGGAGCCCAAGUGGGCUCGUGUCGCCUCUAUGUUUGAUUCCAAGUUGACUGCUGAAGAGAUUGAUCUACUUCGCCGGAAGGUCUCACUGAACACUGGGAUCAGGGUGUGUAUUGAGACAAUAUGGGCAGCACUUGGAGGUGUGUCUUAUGGUGUUAUUAAGGAAGAAGAAUACAAGGGAUUUCACUACAAACUGUACUCUUAUCUUUUGAAGAUAGACAAUGUUAGUGUCGUAACAUCUACUUCCGCAGCUAUUGCAGAGGAUUUUAUGUAUGAUAAGAAGAACGAUUACGGAGUGACUUUUGGGCCAUUUGCAAUUUCUAUGCUUGAGCUGACAGACAACUGGACGAAGACGAGGGAUCCGGAUGAGUACGUUUUAUUUUUGAGGGGUAUAAUUGAUAGGUGUCUUACCAAAAGACCCUGCAUACCUACAAAACAGGAUGAUAUCCCUCUGUAUAAAUAUCCGGUUUAUUUUUCUGGUGGGCUUGUGUGCCGGAUUGAAGAAGGUGAUCAUGUGCGCUAUGUGAAGACGAAGGUGCAGUAG